AUGCUGGGGAGUCUACUACUCCUUGCGCCCCUUGCAGGGGCGGCCGUUAUUGGGUCUAGACAGAAUAGUCAGCACUGUCCCGGAUACAAGGCAACCAAUGUCCAAGAAGGAUCCAACUCUUUGGAGGCUGACUUGGUGUUGGCCGGCAAGCCCUGUAACACGUAUGGUUCUGACUUGGAGAGCUUGAAGCUCCUCGUUGAAUAUCAAACUGAUGAACGUCUCCAUGUGAUGAUAUAUGAUGCCGAUGAACAAGUUUACCAAGUGCCCGAGUCUGUCCUGGCCCGUCCAGGCAGUGAUGGUGGCUCUCGUGAGAACUCGGAACUCAAGUUCGACUACAAAGCCGAGCCGUUCUCCUUUACCAUCAGCAAAGGGGAUGAGGUGCUGUUUGACACGUCUGCCUCGGAGCUUAUCUUCCAGUCUCAGUACUUGGGACUUCGUACCUGGCUCCCUAAGGACCCGCAUAUCUACGGGUUGGGAGAACACAGCGACUCUCUCCGUCUGCCUACGACCAACUACACUCGAACUCUUUGGAACCGUGACUCCCCUGGUGCUCCCCCUGAUAGCAACCUGUACGGUAGCCAUCCGGUUUACUACGACCACCGUGGUGACAAGGGAACACACGGAGUGUUCCUUUUGAACUCCAACGGAAUGGACGUUAAACUCGACAGAACUGGAGACGACAAGCAGUAUCUUGAAUACAACACCCUUGGCGGUGUCUUUGACUUCUAUUUCUUUACUGGGUCGACUCCUAAGGAUGUCAGCGCCCAAUACUCUGAGAUUGUUGGUCUUCCGGCCAUGCAGAGCUACUGGACUUUUGGUUUCCACAACUGCAAAUACGGCUACAGAGAUAUCUACGAGACCGCUGAAGUUGUUUACAACUACAGCAAGGCCGGCAUCCCCUUGGAGACCAUGUGGAACGACAUCGACUACAUGGACAGGAGAAGGGUGUUCACAAAUGAUCCUGAGAGAUAUCCUCUGGAGAAGGUCCGCGAAUUGGUGAACUACCUCCAUGACCACGAUCAGCACUACAUUGUUAUGGUCGAUCCGGCUGUUAGUGCCAGCAACAAUUCCGCGUACAAGAAGGGCCUUAAUCAGGACAUUUUCAUCAAGAGGGAGAAUGGGACACUUUACAAGGGUGCUGUAUGGCCUGGUGCUACUGCUUUCCCUGACUGGUUCCACCCUGAUAUCCAAAAGUACUGGGAUGGGGAAUUCAAUGAUUUCUUCAACCCAGAGACCGGCGUUGACAUUGAUGGAUUGUGGAUCGACAUGAAUGAAGCUGCCAACAUGUGCCCGUACCCAUGCCCGAACCCGGAGCAGUAUUCGAAGGAGAAUGAUCUCCCACCAAAACCACCCUCGGUCCGUGCGAGCAACCCGCGUCCAUUGCCUGGAUUCCCCUCCGACUUCCAGCCAUCCUCAUCGAAGCGUGGGUUGGGAAAGAGGGAACAGGGACAGAAGAUUGGCCUGCCUGACCGCAACCUCAUCAGCCCGCCAUACAAGAUUCGUAACGCUGCUGGAGGCCUGAGCCAGAAAACGAUCGACACGGAUCUCGUUCACUCAGGAGGAUAUGUCGAGUAUGAUACUCACAACAUGUAUGGUACAAUGAUGGGCGCUGUCUCACGCAAAUCCAUGCUGCAGCGCCGCGAAGAUGUGAGACCAUUGGUCAUUACUCGCAGCACCUUUGCAGGAGCUGGGACGCAAGUUGGACACUGGCUGGGCGACAACCUGAGCCAAUGGAACCGAUAUAGGGCCUCCAUCCAACAAAUUCUCUCCUUUGGAUCCUUGUUCCAAGUCCCAAUGGUCGGAGCAGACGUCUGCGGAUUCAGCGGCAACACCACCGAAGAACUCUGCGCACGCUGGGCAGCCCUAGGAUCCUUCUAUACCUUCUACCGUAAUCACAACGAUCUCGGCUACCGUCCACAGGAAUUCUACCAUUGGCCCACUGUCACCGAAUCCGCCCGGAAGGCAAUCCACACCCGCUACCGUCUCCUCGACUACAUCUACACGGCCUUCCACCACCAGACUCAGACCGGUGAACCCUUCCUCCAACCCCUCUUCUACCUCUACCCAGAGGAUAAGAAAACCUUUUCCAAUGACCUCCAGUUCUUCUACGGUGACGCUAUUCUCGUUUCCCCAGUUACACAGAAGGGCUCCCGCUCUGUUAAGGCCUAUUUCCCCGACGAUAUCUUCUACGACUGGCACACUGGUGCGCCACUCCGCGGAAACGGCACGCACACAACCAUUCAGAAUGUCAAUAUCACUGAGAUCCCCGUGCACAUUCGCGGCGGCAAUGUCAUCCCCGCUCGUACCUCGGGUGCAUCUACAACUAUUGAGCUGCGCAAGAAGGGCUUUGAGCUGAUCAUCGCGCCUGGCCUCGAUGGCACUGCGUCGGGUAGUCUGUACCUGGAUGAUGGCGACUCGAUCGAGCAGCCUAAAACCUCUGAGAUCGAGUUCGAGUAUCGUGAUGGUGAAUUGAAUAUUGGUGGAAAGUUUGAGUUUGGUGGAGAUGCGGUUGUGGAGGUUGUUACUUUGCUUGGGGAGAAGAGUGCAAAGAAGGGCGUGCAUAUUGAGUUGAAUAAGGAGACGACUGUGAAGAUCUAA